GUUUGAUAUAAUAAGUGUUUUUUGUGUAGUAGAAAAAGUGAAAAGCAGUUUAAAGCACUUCUCAACCUGCUUCUAUCUUUUAGUUUUUAAGUGAUUAAUUUAAUUAGAAGUUGUUACUUGAAAACACCAAUUUCAAGUUUUUUAAAACCAAAAGUUGAAAAGUGUUUUUUUUUUAUGUUUUUGCACACACCUUGUGCCAACGUCUUUGUCACUCAUAUUACUACUCAAAGUUGUUGGAUAAUAAAAAGAAGGAAAAUGGAAAUUUUAAAAAGCAAGUUGUGACAACAUACAUUGCCUUUGAUUUACUCACGACAAGUUCGCCUUGUGCGCUGAUUUAUUGCAAUAGUUUUUUAUCGUCAACUAGCCUUCUUUCAUAUCAUAAAUUUCCGGAUCAUUACAUCAGUCAAAGGAAAAACAAACCGACACCAACUAAAUUCCAAAAACUACGACUGUAAAUUCAAUGAUCAGACUUAGAGACGGUCACCCCUGAAAGAGCAACGCGAAUCGCUAACCAUGUAGCGGGCUUGACACAGCCAUCGAAAGCCGCACAAUUCUCCUCGUCCCGCUCUCUUAGCAAAUCCACCGCCAACGGUCAUCUUCAUCGUUGCGAUGCCCUUGCCACCCAAACUCAUUCCCCCCCCCCCCCAAAAAAAAAAGAGAACCAAUCGGAUAUGCCCACUGCACACCAACAAUCCUGUCCGGAAUCCGAACGUUUGGAAGACAAAAUCCGGCUAAAUUGCAAAGCAACGCAAAACUGUUCGAAAAUGCAGCCCCGCGCCGGCCAAAACUUCCAAGACUUGGGAAGGUUUUUGAAGAGAUUGUAUGCCAACCGAAGAAAAGCAGCCGGCCGAAGCCGCUGGAACCCACGACCUGAGGAGGUCGCCGUUGGAGAAAGAGCUAGGCGUUGCGUGAGGCAACCCUAGAGAGAGACGAGAGCUGCAAAGGGGCCUUGUUUAUACUCUAUAUGAUUUAUUGCAAUAUUUUAGUGCGGUGACUAUAACGUCAGUCAAAACUAACCCACUUUAUACCAGAUUAGUCCCCUAAUAAAUAGCUCUAUGAACUCUAUCUUAAUCAUCGUGUUAUGUUAUCUUUAAAAUAAUUCAAUAAUCACAAGCAUCAACCCAUGUAAAACUUCUAAAUUGGCCUCCUAAAUUCAUUUUUGGUUUCAAUUGCAUGAAAAGUUUCAAUUGCCUUUGAUUUACUCACGACAAGUUCGCCUUUUAUUGCAAUAGUUUAGUGCGGUGACUAUAACGUCGGCCAAAACAAACCCACUCUAUACCAGAUCAGUCCACUAAUAAAUAACUCUAUGAAGUACUCUAUCUUAAUCAUCGUGUUAUGUUAUCUUUAAAAUAAUUCAAUAAUAUAAUCUCAAACAUCAACCCAUGUAAAACUUCUAAAUUAGCCUCCUAAAUUCAUUUUUGGUUUCAAUUGCAUAAAACUUUUUCUUUCCUGAACAGAAGAAUCUCUACGACUCAGUGAUAAUUUUCGGAAAGAGUUAGUAUUUCUUGUAACAUCCAAAUUUUUUGCAUGUUGCCACCUCAUGAAAGAAGUGAUUCUAUUUGGAUUGAGCUUUUAAUUUGUGGUGAUAAAGUGCAAACAACACUUUAUAUUUUUAUGACUUCACAUUUUUUCUAAGUGGGUUAUGUUAUAUCCCACAUACUUGGAUAUUUCAGAUUAAAAUCACAUAAAAUAUGAGUAGACUUAACUUAAAUUGAUUGGACAUGACUAGACUUAAAACAAAUCAAAUCAUACCAGCUUCGCUCUAAAUAAUAGAGGAUAAUGAUAUGCAUAAGAAAAUAAAAUAAUAAUGAUGUACUCAAAAUGUCAAGAAAAUUACUUUUUGUACACAUAAUUUAAGCACACUUUUCUGUAUAUACAGACAUCUCGUUAAUUAGAAACAAACAACAAUUCUCUGUAUACGCGGACGAGUGUAAAAUAUACACAAAAUGUGUACAUCCACUAAUUACCUGUGGGCAGGCAACUCGUUUAUAAAAAUGCAACAAUUAUCCGUGUAGAUAGAAGAGUUUGUCAAAUGUGUGCAAAUUAUGUGUACCACAAGAAUGGUUGAAAUCUAAAACAUGAAUAUGUCAUGAAACCAGAGGUUCUAAACUCAAACAAGUCAUACUAUACAAAAAUAACAAACUCUAUGAGUUUCAUGGCCAGUUCGAUAACACUGAAAUUGGCUCAAUUAGUUAAAGUUUAUGAAAUUCUAAAUGGAAGUAUGGAAGUAUGGAAUUAUCAAUUAGUUGAAGUAUGGAAGUAUUAUAUUCUAACUAUAUUUUAUUAAUAGAGCGAGAAAAAUUAUUACUCAUUCCAACGUCUGAAAUGAAAUUAUGUGUUUGAUUAAAAAAAUAUCCGAUAAAACCAAAAACUCGGAUACUAAACGAAAUUUAAAUAUUCCCCAUCACAUUUCUAAAAUAUUUCAAAAGAAAUGGAUAUAUUUAAACUUCAUCUCAUGCUAGACACAAGUGAAAAUUUAUAAAAAUGAAGGAAUUAUAUGAUAGGUAGUAUUUAUUAGAGUUUUAAUAGACAAAAAUUAAAAAUGUGAACAGCCCAUUACUGGUGCGGGUACCGCCUCCUCAGUUCAGUAUGAACAGCCCUCCCUCCGAUCGACAGAUACGAGUUCAUGAAAGAGGAGCUGAACGUCCCUCCCUCCGAUCGACAAACGCAAUAGGAAAUCCGGCGGAUUUUGUUAGCGGCGUCGGGCUUGGUGAAAGAGCUGAGCUGAGCUGUUGGUGAAGGAAGCCAGGCCAGAGAAAUGGAGAAAGUAAGCAUUCACUAAUUAGAAUCAGUUCCCACACCGACGACGGAAGGCUGGGCGACUCCUGACUGGGUCUAUAAAUAAUAAGGUACAGUUGCAGAUAUACUCACCCUUUGGGACUGACCAAGUCCCGCUGGGUAUGGAGUUCUUUAUGAAGUAUGUUAAUCUCCCUGGAGUUUGUAUGAAUUAUGGAGUAUGUUGAGAUAUAUAAUAGCCUCAUAGGUAUCAAGUUAUUUAUAAGGAAUGUGUCGAGAUAUAUAAUAGCCUCAUAUGUUAAGUUAUUCAUACAAAUAAAACGAAGAUGUGACUCCCCUCACAAUUCUGUCAAUGUAAACAGACAAUUUAGGGACCAAAAAGAAAUGUGAAAGGCAACUCGGCUCAGUUGUUUUCCUCACACGUUGCACAUACUACUAGGGAAACACAGAGUUAUGAUAUCUUCUGGCUGUUGUUUAUUGGUCUAUCUUCCCUUUCCCUGUAACAUACGACUUUUCGUGGUCAUCUUGAAAACGAAUACGUGUCGAGAUUUUUGAUACAAAUAAAAAAAAAUGUGAGGGUGAGCCUCCCCUCACAGUUCUUUCAAUAAAAACAGACAGUUUAGGGACCACAAAGAAAGUGUGAAAGGAAACACAUAGUUAUGAUAUCUUCUCGCUUCCCUUUCCAAACAGGAAAAGGAAAAAAGAGUGAGAUGAACAAGAUAUUUUAUGAACUUCCUCCCACUACUAAUCUAUGUGGCUGAUCUGUAAGCAUCUACCAUGUUGGAGUGUUGGGGUUGUGAUGCUGGAACUAAUAUUAUGAUCACCAAAUGUGUUCCAGGUAUGUUUUAGGACACAUGCUCUUUUGGAUCAGCACCUAGAAGGGUGGAAUGAAAGCUUAAAGGAGCUUGCAUUCAAGUAAGUUCUGAAUCAAAGCACCAACAACAAAGGAUUUGGAGCCGCAAGUUUAUAUGGGAGGAAAUGUCUUAUUUGGAGAGAUGGUGGAGGGAUGCAUCAGCUGCAAAGAAAGAAUCCUUCAUCAAUUUAGUACAGAAUGGAGAACUAGAAAUCGUAGGACGUGGUUGGGUGAUGAAUGAUGAGGUAAGCCUGUGCUGUUAACGUAAUGACACUUUUGCAAUGGUAUGCAAGUAAUAAUUUUUCUCUUCAAGUGUUUCAUAUUUUUUCCAAUUGGGAUCUGGGAAUGGUGAACAGAAAGCCAUGUUUUUAACGGAUCACAGUGGCGAUUUGACAUUUUUCUUAGUAAAAUUUACCAUAAUGAAUGAGUUCUAGGCUUCCAGCUUCUUGAAAAAAUGGGUUUAUUUGUCUGGUAACAGUUGAUUAGCUGGUUUUACAUGUAAAACUGUAAUCAUAUUUGGUUCUUGUGCUGGCGCGCGUUCGGAAAGCUAGACUAAAAUAAUAAUCUUUUGGACACGUUAUGUCAAUUUUACUGGGACCCUUGGAUCUUUAGAACUUUAUUUGCAUUUUGCUCUUCAUAUUUGGUUUUCUCGUCAAGGAAUCAUUUUCCUUGCAAUUGUCUUUCAUUCAUCUGUGAAUUUCUCUUGCUUGUGCACCUGCAGCUUAUUUUAUUCUCUUUUUUUUUACAGGCUAAUUCACACUACUUUGCAAUCAUAGAACAGAUAACAGAGGGUAAUUUAUGGCUUAAUGAAACUUGCGGUGUUGUUCCAAAAAAUUCGUGGUUGAUUGAUCUUUUCGGAUACUCUCCAACAAUGGCAUACCUUUUUCGUCGUAUGGGUUUCGAGAAUAUGCUCAUACAGAGGACACAUUAUGAAUUGAAGAAGGAACUGGCUUUGUAUAGAAAUUUAGAAUUCGUAUGGCGGCAGAGCUGGGAUGCUGAAGAAACAACUGACAUGUUUGCUCAUAUGAUGCCCUUUUAUUCAUAUGAUAUUCCACAUACUUGUGGGCCUGAGCCUGCAAUAUGCUUUCAAUUUGACUUUGCUAGAACCUAUGGCUUUACGUAUGAGCGCUGCCCUUGGGGAGAAUAUCCACAGGAGACCACACCAGAAAAUGUUAAAGAAAGAGCACUAAAGCUGCUGGAUCAAUACAGAAAGAAAUCAACACUAUAUCGCACAAAUACUCUUCUUAUUCCCCUCGGAGAUGAUUUCUGCUAUGUCACCGUUGAUGAGGCUGAAGCUCAGUUCAGGAAUUAUCAGCUUCUGCUUGAUUAUAUCAAUUCUGAUCCGGACUUGAAUGCAGAAGCAAAAUUUGGUACCUUGGAAGAUUAUUUCCGGACUCUUCGUGAAGAGGCUGAUAGGGUAAAUUACUCCCGUCCAAAUGAGAUUGGUUCUAUUGAGAUUGGUGGGUUUCCUUCUCUUUCAGGCGAUUUCUUCACAUAUGCUGACAGACAGCAAGAUUAUGUUAGUCACGCUAAUAAUCGGUAAUAGUUGCAGUAUUUUAUUAAUAAAAGAGACGUAAAAUAACAAGAACAGUCCAAUCUAGAGAAAGAUAGUGGGUUUCUCUCUCUAGCCCAAAGCCCAGCCAAGACUUACUGAAUUCCAGCCUGUCCCUCUUAUUUCCCACCCUAACAUAUAUAUAGCAAACAAAACCCGCUCAUUAAUUAUUCCCGACUAUUCCCGUUCCUCCUUCCCCUUCUUACAUAUACCCUAUCAAAAUAUUCUACACCCCUUGUGCUAUCAGAUUACUGGAGUGGUUAUUAUGUUUCUCGGCCUUUCUUCAAGGCUGUUGAUCGUGUGUUGGAGCAAACCCUCCGCGGUGCUGAUAUGAUGAUGGCUUUCCUAUUAGGUCAUUGUCAGAAACCACAAUGUGAGCGGUUACUUACCGGAUUUUCCUAUAAGUUAGCAGCGGCUAGGAGGAACCUAGCGCUGUUCCAACGUCAUGAUGGGGUUACUGGUACAGCUAAGGACCACGUAGUUAAUGAUUAUGGGGUGAGAAUGCACAUAGCUUUGCAAGAUCUUCAAAUUUUCAUGGGAUUCGCCAUGAAAAGAAUGAACAGAACCCAACUCAGUUUGAGGCUGCACAAGUGAGAUCUAAAUACGAUGCUCAGCCAGUGCACAAAGCCAUGUCUGCUCAUGAAGGGACAGUCCAGACUGUGGUGAUAUUUAAUCCACUAGAGCAGACAAGACAUGAAGUUGUGAUGGUAAUUGUUGACAGACCUGAGGUGAUAAUCUUGGACUCAAAUUGGACAUGUGUGAGAAGCCAGAUAUCUCCAGAGAUGCAACAACACUACAGCAGCAAGGAGGAUGAAACAUUAUUCUCUGUAGACAUCGUGUAUACUGGAAAGCUUCGGUCCCCCCAUUAGGGUUGCAAACUUAUUAUGUCGCUAAUGGGUUUGCCGGUUGUGAAAAGGCCACACCAGCAGAGGUCAAAUGGUUCGUGCCUUCUUCCAAUAUUUCUUGUCCCAAACCAUAUACUUGCUCAAGAAUGGAGGGUGAAGAAGCAAUAAUCAGUACUCGGCAUCAGACGUUGACAUUUAGCAUGAAGGAUUGUUACAGAGAAUUAGUCAUACCAAUGGCCGCCAUAAUGGCAUUGCUUUGUUUGUAACUAGUAAAAGAAGUUGCUCUCUGGUUCAUGAAUCAUGACUCUUCGAUGACCACACAUUCAUUUAUUUUUUAAUAGACUGAGAUCGUUCAUGACAAUAUGUAUUCUGAUCCCUGGGAGCUCUGCCAAGCCUCACCACUUUAGGGCUACAAAUAACCCAGGUUCUGUUUCACCGGCUCCAUGGAGAUGCUCCGAAGAGUUCUUUUUGCAUCUAAUUAGAAACAGAGAUCCUCUGAAAAUAGAGUGAGUAGAGGGUAAUUUCCUCUUCUGCCCAAAAUACAAUUAGCUGCUACUAGUGGAUGUCACAAGGUUCUGGUCAACUUCUCUAUUCCCUUUUUAAAAGGAAGACCCAGUGUGCAUGUUGUAGAGGUUUCCAAAUAUAUGGUCUUCGCGAUUAGUACGCCAAUUGCUACGUUGGAAUCCUGAGGAUCGACCGAGUGUACAUAAAAGGUUUGAGUUAAUUUGCAUCCUUUGUGUAUACGGCGGCCUAUUUGCUAUGGUUCAACAAAUAAAUGUCGACUGUUCGAUGAUUGUAAUAAAGAGAUGAGGAACUGUUGACUUGCUCAAAGAAGUGAAUACCUGAAAUGAUUGAAC